AUGUCCACCACGAAGACCUCAGAAACGCGAACGCGCCCCAUGGGUGUCCUUGUCCUGGGCCAAUCUCGCACCGGCACCUCGUCCAUGCGCGCAGCGCUGCAGCAUCUCGGCUACACGCGCGUCUUCCACUUCUUCUCCCUCUUCGAAAAUCCCCUCCAAACACCAACGUGGCAACGCGCCUUCCAGGCCAAAUUCCUGCCGCCCGACGACCCGUCUCGCCCUCCGCCUUUCACCCGCGACGACUGGGAUGCCCUGCUGGGCCCCGACUGCACCGCUCUCACCGACACGCCCUGCCACAUCUUCGCCGAAGAGCUCAUGGCCGCCUAUCCCGAGGCCAAAGUCGUGCUUACGGUCCGCGACAGCACGGAGGCGUGGUACGACUCGUACAGCACGACCAUUUGGCCGUUUCUGGAGGCCGAGGCGGUGGCGCCGACGCUGUGGUGGCGCGUGGUGCAGGCGUUGCGGCCGCGGAUGCCGUUUGGGUACCUUGAUGUGAUGCAUUCGUGCAUGGCGCGGUUCACGGAUCUGGGCGCCAUACCGGAGCGGGGACGGCAGUACUACGAGGAGCGGAAUGCGGUUGUGAAGGAGCUGGCUGGGGACAGGCUUUUGGUGUUCAAUGUCAAAGAAGGCUGGGAGCCGCUGUGUAAGCAUUUGGGGCUGGAUGUCCCGCCGAAGACCGUGCCGUUCCCACGGAUGUUUGAUGGCCAGGAGUUUGGGGAGAUGUGGAAACAGUGGUGCAGAGGCUCGGUAGUGGGGGCCAUGUUGAAUUUGGGGAAAGGCAUCGUGGUCACGGCGGCGGUGGUGUGGACGUGGAAGGCCUAUGUGAACGGGGGGAUCAUCUGGCCAUUAGCUUAA